GGUGGAUUGAUUGAACCAUGGCUGGGCUGGUAUCUUAGGGAAGAAAAAAAAAAAAAAAGCCCCUGUCAAUGAAGGUACGAGUCUUCAUCAUUAUGUAUCCCCAGGACUCAAAAGGACUUAUAGAUCCAACCUCGGAAUGUAACUAUGUACAUAAAAUGGCAAACACUAACGUACUAUAGUCACCGGUGGGCUGUUGUUCGACCUGGCUUCAAUUGAUGUGGAGGGGGCGAGUUGAUCCUCGUAAUUGGCGUCGACUAUAUGUAACCUUCUCUAUAGCGCGCGCCAGUAACAAACAAUCUAGAUAAUGCCUCGAUCUGCAUUCGGAAAAAAAAAAUUCUCAAAGAAAAAUUAAAAGAGAAAAACUAGGCAGGACGUAGCGAGUCCAGCCGACGGGGCAAAGUGAUUUUUUUUUCUUCUCUUCUUAUUUUUCUUCCCCACCUCCUCCCCCUUCUCUUAUUUUCUCUUGGGAAGCAAUCGACCACGUUCUCGUGGGUUGGGCUUCCCCUACCCAUCGAGGAUCGAAGGCUUGGCCCACCAAGUACUCCGUACUCCGUACCUAGAGUCGGUAUCAUGCCAUACAGUAUAUCCAAUUGUCGGAGUCAUGGAUAUAAUCGCUCGCCUUGUUAUUGGUACAAUUUCAGGACGAAACAGGACCUACAUCAUAUCAGGCCAGCGAAGAAAUGCUCUACUUGGCCGAACUGUACUGCAUCAGUAGUAUAUAUAUAUAUAAUAUAUACCUGCAAUCCGGAUGCUGGAUGGCCCAAAGUCAAUCAAACAGCAAUCAAAAGGUUCUGACGAUACAGAUAUGUAGAAAGCCUACGGUAGGAUACCGGGAUGUGACAAGGAACCGAACGGCGGAAAUAUCACUCAGUCUUUCGGCAACCGACGGUAGGCAGGACAUAUCGUAUAGCAAGCUGUGUCACCUGGGCACGCAUAAACCCUUUUUUCCAGCAUAUAUUUGCGUAGUUCAUGGAUAUUUUUAUGUUACAACAUUUGGAUGGGUUACUGCCUAAUGGUCAAG